UCGCCACCAGGAGUCAUAGCACGAUCUUGUGACGUGACGAGCUUGGGGUUUCGGCUUUUAUUACAAGACAACUGAGUCUCGCAAAGAAACAAUACUCAUGGCCUGGUAGCUUUGCCACUUUGGUUUUUAACGUUAUUUGUAAAUUGUGAAGUGUUUAUUUGAUAUUCUUCGGUGAUAAUAUUGCUAAAAUUUAUAUAAUAACAAAAUGGUGGGCACUGUGUUAAUGAUAGACAAGGUGAAGAGUUCCAUUCUCCAGUGUUUUUGUAGGGCGUGUCAUGCUAGGGUUGUCGAGAAACCACACCCAAGUCUGUCGACUCAGAUGAUAACUAAUAUGCAACCAAAAAAAAUGGUAUAUCUAGCUACUGAAGUACGAGCUUCUGAACAAUCAAAGGGUGGUAUGAAGUACGAGUUGGUGCUCGCUGAUCCAUCAGAUGUGGCUCCUCCUCGUUUUGCUUCCACCCCACCUAAAUCUAACAUCUCUGUAGAAGACAUAGAAAACAAGUUAAGGGCUGCAGAGGAAAGGAGACAAUAUUUAGAAGCCCACAAGCUGAACCAAUUGAAUGAGAAGCGUUUCAGGGAACAAGAGGCUUUACUCAAGAAACGGGAAUAUAAUGCUAACUUCGUACAAUCUGCUAAGGAAAACCUUGAGCAAAAGAUGGAGUCCAACAAAGAAAACAGAGAGGCAUUCAUAAAGUCUAUUCAGGAGAAGUCUCGUGAGCAAGAUAAGCAUAUCUUAGACGUUCGAAAGCAGUUGGAUGAACAAGCUGACCAGCUACGAGACCGCCUUCAAAGGAAACUUGAAAUAGCUCAAGAAAAUAGAGAGAACCUUUCUAAGGUUUUGCAAGACAAGCUCCAGGAACAUGAUCGACAUGCUGAAGAAGUCCGCCUCAACAAGGCUCAAAAUGUCACUGGUAUUGCAUCGGGGUAAUCACUCUGAAACCCUUGCACCUUCUUUAACCACUUCUUAGGUGGAAACUCCUGUUAAAGGUUUUCUUUUUUCUGUCUGGCCAACUCCUCCUGCACUUAUUUUUUCAUUUAGGUAUAUAUAUAAAGGAAAAUCACUUAUAACUGUUCUGAAAUGGAUACAACAAUAGUCUUAAAUUCUCUAAAAAAAAAAAAAAGAAAAGUCCAAUUAUACAUGUUGUAAUUACCUAUUAUAUAUAUAUAUAUAUAUUGCAAAUAGAGAUACCUAGAUCUGAAGGUGCUUUUAGAUUCAUUAAAUCAAGUUCAGGCAUAAACAAACAAACUUGAAUGUACCAACCUGAAAGUAUGUUUUACGGCUUGAGUGAUGAAUGGUGGAAUUUGUUUUUCAAAAAUGUGUGUAUUAAGGCACAGAUUGUGCUCUAUAACUUCCUUGCUUUAGUGAGAGUGGUACAUGUACUUGUAGCCAUGUUUAGCCUUAUUGAUCAAAACAUGCCUUCGUGAUGCUUAUAUCGUACUGCUUUGACCACUUCGGAGUAUUAACGUUUGGUGUUUGUUGCAUCAUAUUUUUCUACUUAUUAUUUUCUCAGUUUUUAAUAUAAGAGGCAUACUAAGAAUUAAAUAUAGCAAAUAACCAUGUUAGUAUGAAGCCCCUUCUAUUCCUUCUCUGAGCAAUAUUAUUCAUGUAAUGAUAUUUCGAGGUAGGAAGGAGUGUUUGUUAUCGUAGCACUCAAUUUGGAAAACUUCUUGCCCAUGUCUUAUCGUAAUUAUGUUCUUUGACGUAGGUGUAGCAUGUAACGUAUUGUAAUUGUAUCCUUCGUUACAUAGCCUGUGUUGUAUAGCCGUUUCAAGCAUUUGUCCAGUAAGAUCAAACAGGAGUGUAAUCUAAGCUUUAAGCUUUACAAAUUAUCUUUUUUCAGAGAUUAAAUAAAGGCUGUAUUGUUCAGCUUCUA